AUGGCGUUGUUUCCCGCCAUAAUCGAUGAUCCCAAACAUUCCCUUGUCGUCUUUCAAUCGUCCAUUGCCCAGACAAGCUUGCCUAUCAUUCGGAAUAUUCUAACCACACAGAAUAGUUCACGCAAAAGCCUUCUGUUUUCCCUUCAAUAUCCAGCCUCAUUUUUCCUCGGCGGGUUGGAAUAUGAAAAUCUCGAAAUUCAUGAUCUCCUUGACCACGUACCAGGAUACGACGCAUCGCCUGACAUACAAGGCGAUAUACUUGCGAGAAUUUCAGCAGCUUUUCAGACUCCAUUGCCUCUCAAUGUUGUGAUAGAUUCGGUGGACAUCCUUCUGCUGGACAUUGGAUCGUUGUCUAAGACAUACCUAUUCCUUCGAGAGGUUCUCGCGCUCGUCGAGGAACACUUGGGAUCUCGUCUCAUCCUUCACGUUACACAUCCCUCGGAACUCACGCCAUUACUGGUGCAGACCACAUUCUCCUCGUCGUUGGCACAUAUCAUUGCGCACCCUGCCGCGCUUCUCAAGCAUAUAGCUACAGAGUACCUCACCCCCCCUCCCCCAGCUUCACCAGAGGUCAAGUUCUGGGGUGUAUUCCUCCCGCUCAGCGUGCGUACUCAUGAGGCGGAGCGUCUCGUCUUCGGAAAUACUGGGGAGGGAAGUGGUGACAGUGAAGAAAUUGUCAUCGAGGUUCUUGUGAGAUGCUCUGGCAAGAAGCGCGCGGUACAGCGAGCAUUGGAGGGUUGGUCUAUUAACAGCGGUGUUUCGUGUGAAUUAACUGCUUUGGAGGGCGUGAGGUCCCUAUGGGUCAGGCAAACAGUGUUUGAGACACCAGCCGUAGACCCCACGCAGAAUCUGUCGUUCAACCUCAAUUUGACUUCAUCUCAACAAGAGUCUCGAGCUCAGGUGCCUUUGCCGUACGCACACGAAGGCCGACCUCAGGGAGUAGCCCAAAACAAAAAUGGUGCUAUUUUCUACGAUCCUGAUUCAGCGGACGACAUCGACGACGAUGACCCAGACGAGGAUUUAGACAUAUAG